AUGCCAGACGACCAACAAACCAUGUCCACCCCCCCACGCAUCCGCAGCGCAACCAUCAACCGCGACACCAACGAGACCAAAAUCGCCCUCUCCCUCAACCUCGACGGCGGGGACCUCUCCUCAGACCCCUCCAAUGGCACCUCCUCCUCCCAAGCCCACGCCUCGCAGUCCUCGAAAUCCCAGCAGAUCAGCGUAGACACCGGCAUAGGCUUCCUGGACCACAUGCUGCACGCCCUGGCCAAACACGCGGGUUGGUCGGUGCAUAUCCGCACGCGCGGGGAUUUGCAUAUAGACGACCAUCACACUGCUGAAGACACGUGUAUAGCGUUGGGCCAGGCGUUCAAGUCCGCGCUGUCGACUACAGCAGGGCUAGCGCGGUUCGGGUACGCGUAUUGCCCGCUCGACGAGGCACUGUCGCGCGCGGUGGUGGAUCUGAGUAAUCGGCCUUUUUCCGUGGUAGAGCUGGGUCUGCGGAGGGAGAAGAUCGGGGAUCUGAGCUGGGGCGGGGGUGACGAUGCAUGUGGAUUGUAUACGCGGGGAGAACGAUCAUCAUCGGGCGGAAAGUGCGUUUAA